GCGCAAUCUCUGCGCACGGCCCACUCCGCAGACUGCCCACCCAUGGUACGGCCUCUCUGUGCGUGGUACGUCGGAUCUUCCCCUGCGCUUGGGCCAGGGUGGUACGCGCUGACUCUGCUCGCUGCCCCUCCCAGUUGGUUUCCGCGCGAAAAGCCGGGGCCUCCAGUGCUGCUGCUGUGUCUGCUGCAGCCUCCGAGAUGCCGGCCCGCACCGCCCCAGCCCGAGUGCCUGCGUUGGCUACUCCGGCCGUCUCACUGCCGGACGAUGUCCGCAGGCGGCUGAAAGACUUGGACAGAGACAGUUUGACCGAAAAGGAGUGUGUGAAGAAGAAGCUGAAUCUCUUGCAUGAGUUUCUGCAGACGGAAAUCAAGAAUCAGCUGUGUGAUUUGGAAACCAAAUUACAUAAGGAAGAGUUGUCCGAGGAGGGCUACCUGGCUAAAGUCAAAUCCCUUUUAAAUAAAGAUUUGUCCUUGGAGAAUGGAGCUCUUGCUUUCAAUCGAGACGCGAACGGUUGCCUAGAGAACGGGAGCCAGGCCAGCGGUGAAACCCGGAGAGCGCGAGCAGCAGAGGCGCACAGCCCCCCGCACACCAGCUCCAAGCCUCGAGCGCCCCGGAGAAGCAAGCCUGACGCUGGAACCACACCCAGCCCCAAGGUGACCCGGAGAGCGACCAGGCAGACCACUAUCACAUCUCAUUUUGCAAAGGGCCCUGCCAAACGGAAACCUGAGGAAGACUCUGACAGGUCCAAAUCAGACGAGUCUAUGGAUGAAGAAGAGAGAGACCAGGAAGAGAAGAGACGAAGAAUUACAAGCCGCGAAGCAGUUGCUGUGGCAGGACCGGAAACUGAAGCCCCUGGAACCCACCUUGACAAGGAGGAUGAGAGAGAUGAAAGAGAAGACAGGAGACUUAGAAGUCAGACCAGAGAGCGAGCCGCAACCCGGGGAGCCGAGGAAGAAGCCUACAGGGAAGCCAGGCCUGGGACUCAUGCGGAUGUGGACGGGGAAGGAGGCGAGAGGGAUGAACGGAGGUCCAGAAGUCAACUCAGAGACCUUGCUGCCAGACGGAGGACUGAGGAGGUAGAGGCUGGGCGAGCAACGCCUCAGACAUCCCAGGACAGGGAUGAAGAUGAGAAGGAGGAGAAGAGACGUAAAACCAUUCCCAAAGAACCGGUGGAGAAGAAACCACCUCGAGGCAAGGCCAUGAUCAACUCCAGGCUCCAGCCCCCCAGGUGUGUCCAGUGCGGGCAGUACCUAGAUGACGUCGACCUCAAAUACGAGCAGCACCCUCCGGACGCGCUGGAGGAGCCCCAGAUGCUGACCAACGAGAAGCUGUCCAUCUUCGACAACAAUGAGUCCGGCUUUGAGAGCUACGAGGCCUUUCCUCAGCAUAAGCUCACAUGCUUCAGUGUGUACUGUAAGCGAGGUCACCUGUGCCCAAUAGACACUGGGCUCAUCGAGAAGAACGUAAAACUGUAUUUUUCUGGAACAGCCAAAGCGAUCUAUGAGGAAAACCCGUCUCUAGAAGGUGGUGUUAAUGGCAAAAAUCUUGGCCCCAUUAACGAAUGGUGGAUCACCGGCUACGAUGGAGGCGAGAAGGUGCUCAUUGGCUUUAGCACCGGUUUCGCCGAGUACAUUCUGAUGGAGCCCAGCCCGGAUUAUGAGCCCCUUUUUGGCCUGAUACAGGAGAAGAUCUACAUGAGUAAGAUCGUGAUCGAGUUCCUCCAGGGGAAUCCCGAUGCCACCUACGAAGACCUGAUCAACAAGAUCGAGACCACUGUUCCCCCUUCCACAAUCAACGUGAACCGGUUCACGGAGGAUUCUCUCCUCCGCCACGCCCAGUUUGUGGUGAGUCAAGUAGAGAGCUACGACGAUGCCAAGGACAGUGACGAGCAGCCCAUCUUCCUGUCUCCCUGCAUGAGAGACCUCAUCAAGCUGGCAGGGGUCACCCUGGGGCAGAGGCGAGCCGAAAGGCGUCAGACCGUGAGGCUCAGGCAUUCUGCCAAGGAGAAGGACAAAGGACCCACGAAAGCCACCACCACCAAGCUGGUCUACGAGAUCUUCGACACCUUCUUCGCAGAGCAGAUUGAAAAGGAUGAUAAAGAGGACAAGGAGAACGCCUUCAAACGGCGGCGCUGCGGCGUCUGUGAGGUUUGCCAGAGGCCCGAGUGUGGAAAGUGCAAGGCCUGCAAGGACAUGCCGAAGUUCGGGGGCAGUGGUCGCAGCAAGCAGGCCUGCCUGAGGAGGAGGUGUCCCAAUAUGGCCAUGAAAGAGGCAGAGGAUGAUGAGGAAGUGGACGAUGACAUCCCUGAGAUGCCAUCGCCCAAAAAGAUGCAUCAGGGAAAGAAGAUGAAGCAGAACAGGAAUCGGAUCUGUUGGGUUGGGGAAGCCAUCAAGACCGACGGGAAGAAGAGUUACUACCAGCAGGUGUGCAUGGACGGGGAGACCCUGGAGGUGGGAGACUGUGUCUCUGUCAUCCCUGACGACCCCUCCAAGCCGCUGUAUCUUGCAAGGGUGACGGCACUGUGGGAGGACAGCAGCAAUGGGCAGAUGUUCCAUGCACACUGGUUCUGCGCCGGCUCGGACACGGUCCUCGGGGCCACGUCGGACCCCUGGGAGCUGUUUUUGGUGGACGAGUGCGAGGACAUGCAGCUGUCCUACAUCCACAGCAAGGUCAACGUCCUGUACAAACCGCCAUCUGAGAACUGGGCCAUGGAGGGAGGCAUGGACCCUGAGGCCACGUUCCCAGGGAUCCCCAAAGACGGGAAGACCUACUUCUACCAGCUGUGGUACGACCAGGACUACGCAAGGUUCGAGUCCCCUCCCAAGAUGCAGCCAACAGAGGACAACAAGUACAAGUUCUGUGCCAGCUGCGCCCGCCUGGCAGAGAUGAGGCAGAAGGAGAUGCCCCGCGUCCUGGAGCAGCUGGAGGACUUGGACAGCCGGGUUCUCUACAGCUCCGCCACCAAGAACGGCGUCCUGUACCGAGUGGGUGACGGCGUGUACCUGCCUCCUGAGGCCUUCACCUUCAACAUCAAGCUGUCCAGUCCCAUGAAGCGCCCCAGGAAGGAGCCAGUGGACGAGGAGCUAUACCCGGAGCACUACCGGAAGUACUCUGACUACAUCAAGGGCAGUAACCUGGACGCCCCUGAACCUUACCGGAUCGGCCGGAUAAAAGAGAUUUUCUGCCCCAAGAAGAGCAACGGCAAGCCCAAUGAGGCGGAGAUCAAGAUCAAGCUCAACAAGUUCUACAGGCCCGAGAACACCCACAAGUUCACGCCCGCCAGCUACCACGCCGACAUCAACCUGCUGUACUGGAGCGACGAGGAGGCCGUGGUGGAGUUCCGGGCCGUGCAGGGCCGCUGCACCGUGGAGUACGGGGAGGACCUGCCCGAGUGCCUGCAGGACUAUUCCAUGGGCGGCCCCGACCGCUUCUACUUCCUUGAGGCCUACAACGCAAAGAGCAAAACCUUUGAGGAUCCCCCGAACCACGCCCGCAGUCCAGGGAACAAGGGCAAAGGGAAGGGGAAAGGGAAAGGCAAGACGAAGUCCCAGGCGUCAGAGCCCAGUGAGCCGGAGCAGGCCAUCAAGCUGCCCAAGCUGCGGACGCUGGACGUGUUCUCGGGCUGCGGGGGGCUGUCGGAGGGCUUCCACCAGGCAGGCAUCUGCGAGACUCUGUGGGCCAUCGAGAUGUGGGAGCCCGCGGCCCAGGCGUUCCGGCUGAACAACCCCGGCUCCACGGUGUUCACCGAGGACUGCAACGUCCUGCUCAAGCUGGUCAUGGCCGGCGAGGUGACCAACGUGCUCCGCCAGCGGCUGCCGCAGAAGGGGGACGUGGAGAUGCUGUGUGGUGGGCCCCCCUGCCAAGGCUUCAGCGGCAUGAACCGCUUCAACUCGCGCACCUACUCCAAGUUCAAGAACUCGCUGGUGGUGUCCUUCCUCAGGUAAGGGGCCGCGAGAAGACCCUGGUGUGGUCCCUCCCUCCCCCGAUGACACCUCCGCUCUCCCGCCUCCAGCUACUGUGACUACUACCGGCCGCGCUUCUUCUUGUUGGAGAACGUCAGGAACUUCGUCUCCUUCAAGCGCUCCAUGGUGCUGAA